AUGGCUGAUCCUCUGGUUGCUAGGUGCCUUUACUCUGGCAAAGGUUAUAUGAUUCCUUUGAAUCAAUGCAUGAGCUACUCUGAGUUGUAUGAAGACAUUUUCCGUACAUUCCAGUUUUUGCCAAGUGAUAUUAUUGAGCUUCAGUAUUCAGUUCCAGGUUGUGAAGUUUGUUUUCUUCGUAACGAUCGUGAUUUCCAGAUGCUGUUUUGCUCUGCUAGAAUACAUAGGUUAGAGUGUGUCGAUAUUUCAGUUUUAAAGAUUGGGGGAGGUUGUAGGAGAACUUGUUCUGUGGAUAGUGGGUCGGAAGUGAUUGAUGAAGAUGAUUAUUUGGGUGAUGCAUUCAGGACUGAAGUUCACAAGACGUAUUUGUCUGAUGAGUGGAGUUCUUAUAUUCAUCAUGUCGGGGAUAAGUUUCAUGGUGCUGCUGAGCUCCGUGAGAAGCUCAGGAAGUAUGCAAUUGCAGUUGGUUUCGAGUUUGUUUUGCUGAGAAAUGAUUUGGACCGUAUUCAUGCAGUCUGUGCAAAUGUUGGAACCGAAGGAUGUGAUUGGCAUCUUCGUGCUUUUUCAUCAUCUGCCAAUGGUUGCCUUUACAUAACAGAGUUGAAUAAUAUUCACACUUGCAAGGGUGUAGUUAGGACUCAAAAGCACAAGCUUUUGGGAUCCAAGGUUGUCAAGACUUGCAUUGUUGCUGAUGUUAGCUAUAAUCUUUCAUUGACGCCAAGGGAGAUUAUGAGCAAGUUCAAAUCAACUUAUGGGUUUGAUAUUUCCUACAAGGUUGCCUUGAAAGCAAAGCAUCGGGCUAAGGAAGCGAUUUAUGGUUCCGAUGCAGACACGUUUAGCAAGUUAUCUUGGUAUAAGGAAGCUGUUUUGCAGAGUAAUCCCGGCUCUUCUUUUGUGUUGGAAGUUGAACCAUCGACAAAUCGUUUUCAGAGGCUUUUCGUAGCUUACGGAGGUUGUGUAGAAGGGUUUCAAUUCUGUUUGCCUGUGUUGUAUGUUGAUGGAACGUUUGGUAAGAGCAUUUACAAGGGGCAGAUUCUGUCUGCAACUGGAAGGAAUGGGAAUCAAGUUUCUUUCAUUGUGAUAGAUAUCAUUUUUACAUUGCUGUGCGACGCUGUGAUAGGCUUCUACCCUCUAGCCAUAUGUUUUUGUGAUUCUGAGACAGAUGCAAACUGGACAUUCUUUUUCAAGCAUUUGAAGAGUCUGCUUGAACCUCAAGGAAGAGUUAUCACAUUUAUUAGUGAUCGGGGUGUUGGAUUGUUGAGUGCUUUCGAUAAGGUAUUUGCUGGUAAUCCUCAUCUGUUUUGUUACAAGCACUUGGUGGCGAACCUUGCCGGUAAAUAUAGGGGUAAAGGUAAUUCAAAAUUGAUUGAAGAUAUUAAGCAGAAGUUUUUUAAGGUUGCAUAUUCCUCUACUGAGAAGGAAUACCGUUUCAAUUUGCGGUUGCUUAGAGCAGUUGGUGGUGCCGAUAUUAUUGACCCUUUUCUUGCUGAAUUGCCUGUGGAAAAUUGGUGCCGUGCAUUUUAUACUAGUUGCCGAUAUGGAAUUAUGGCUAAUGGGAUUGCUGAAUCAUUUAACUCUUGGAUUGCAAUUGAGCGUUUGAUGCCAGUCUAUUGUAUGCUGGACCAGACAAGAAUUAAACAAAUGGAGAUGGCCGGUAAGAGGAGGGAAGAGGCAGAACAUUGGACCACAGAACUAACUCCCAAAAUGGAGGAAAGAUUGAAGGUGCAAAUGGAGAAAUCUCGUCGUUUCAGUGUCCAUUAUUCUAGCCCUGGAGUUUAUGAGGUUCGAUCUGACUUUUCAUAUGUAGUCAACAUCUCCGAUCAUUCAUGUUCAUGUGUGAAAUGGCAGAUCAAUUGUUUUCCUUAUCCUCACGGCCUUGCUGCAUUACAGGCUGCUUCUGUAAAUGUAUAUGAUUAUAUUGAUAAGUACUUUCAGGUUGAUAUGUUCAAGAAGAGCUACAGUUUUCCUAUCUGUCCGAUAACCAAUGUUGAUAUGUCUUCUUCAGAAUCUGCUUCUGAAUGUAUAUUACCUCCCCUUUCGAAGAGGCCCCCCGGGAGGCCUAGGGUGAAGCGGUUCAAGUCGGUUGGAGAGGCUGAAAAGAAGCUGAUUCGUUGUGGUCGUUGUGGCAAAAUGGGCACUCAUAACAAGUUGAGCUGCAUUGAACCUCUCGUUCAAUAG